CGGCAGUAUAUUCCUGUCUCCACCGCCGCCGCAGCUGGUUCCCCCCAAAUGCAGGGAGGCUCUCCUUACGCCUCUCCGCAGCAGGCCUCUGUCCAGCGACCCAUGCGUCCUCCACUUCCGUCAUAUAAUCAGGCCCUGGCAAUGAAACAGCAGCAGAUGCCACCUGCCGCUUUUGCUGUCAUGGGCGGCGCACAUGAUAGCCCUCGACCUGCUCAUAUGGUGCCAGGUGCGAAUGCUGGCAUUCCUUCCAGAGUUGACAUCGUACGCGCUCUCUACCCCAAUUUAAGACACCGUGGCAUGGCUCCACGUUGA